CUGACUUAAAGGCCGUGACAGCACCGCCGUGCCAUUCAGGAGCCCCAGCAAUGCUUUUAACAGCCAUGUUUUAGGAAGGGAAUAUAUAUAUAUUUUUGUUGACACUGAAGUUAGUCUUACAGUCAAUCUGUAUUUGGUAACGAAGUUGAUAAUGCAGACGUUGCGCUUUGCUCGUUGGUUUACCCACGUGCUGCUUUGGAACAUAAUUAAUGCGCAUAUUUCAUAUUAAAAUCUGUGCCGCCUCCGGGAAACAGGACGAUCCUACGGUGAUAACUGCCUGACGUCGGCUUGGACUGAACAUUUGCCUCCAGCCUGCCGGAGCAUCAUGGGAGAGCGGAAUGGGAGUGCACAGCAAUGAUCUGGCCUGCAUGUUUCCUUGUACUGCUGUCACGAAGUACCUUGACGGAGGGCAAACGGCAGUUGAUGACCCUUUCCGUGACCUGUGUAACGCUUCGCAGUUUACAUCUGCAACGGGCAGAGGCGGACCCAAACCAGUCAGUGAUGGAGGUCAGGAUGGACUCUACUAUACUGUUCCUGUGUGACGCCCUAUCAGAAUUGACUGUGGGACUUUUCAACCGAACGUCCCCUUCUUUGUCUUCCUGGUGAUACUGCUGAUGUUGCUCUCCCACUUGAGAUUGUGGGAGAUGAAAACUGAAUUAUUUAGCCAAACAAACAGCCGAGCCCUUAAUUUCAAGGUGGGAUGCGCGGGGGGAGCGUUCCUGGAAGUCAAUCAUGUUUUUUGUUUUGUUUUAAAGGGGCUGUAUGUUGAAUUUAUUCUCCAAGUUCACGUUCAAACCAACUCUCCCCAAUCAAGUGAGAUCAAGUUCAUUUUAUAAGGAACUAUAGGUAGAUAUAUAGGUAUUCUGUUUCUCCAGAUGUGCAUUUUGAGUACAUUUCAAUGUCCAUUAUUAAACCAACUUCACAUUGCACUUGUGCACCUAGAUGGUGCAGUAUUUCCAUUUUACAACUGCAGCUGGUCACGCUUCUGAUGCCCUAUAGAAAAUCACCAUUAUAGUAUGCGCUUUUCUAUUCACACAAAAUAAUUUCUGGUGCAUACACUUUGUGGAACACUAUAAUUGUAAUAUUACUUUAGGUGUAUUGUGGACAUUUCGUUAUAUUGUGCACACAUUUGUAAUUAUUUGUAAUUAUGCCGCUGGAGCUACAGUUAUUGGCGAAGAGUGAGCAGCGGAAGAGGUGAGAGCAUGCAUCCAUGCUGAGCUCCUGUGCAUAGGGUUAAAGAGUCCCAAAUGUGCAUACCCAUUUUAACGUGUUGCGUCCUGUUGGUGAGGAGGUCAGUGGUAAAUGAGGGUGCAAGAAUGGGGCUGGGGUGACAGGAAAAAAAGGUCGAAUUUGGAGAUGAUGUGGUCCCUGUCCCUCCUUGCUUUAUAGCUGUCGGGAGCAUGCCACAGCAGAAGUGAGUAUGCGUGGUGUAGAAGGUAGUACGGUAUGUGGGCGGGCUUAAUCCUCCAUGUGCGUUGCAGGAGAUGAUUGACAGUUUGGAUUGUUCCACAGUGCGCUGCGAAGGCAGAAUCAGCCAGGCGGGGGGAUCCGACAAGCAGCCCUGGAGAAAAAAAUACAAAGCAGCGAACGUCUGUUUCAAGUUUAUUUUAUUGCAGUGAGGUAGGCCAGGCCAGUGUGUGUAUCCAUGAAUGUACGUCACCAUGAUGAUGACCGACCAGCUGAUGGACUUGGCUCCGCCUCCGUUGCUGAGCGAUCCGCUGAUGCAGCACAUGGUUAGCGGAGAUGCGGCGCAACAGGUGAUUCUGGUGCAGGUGAAUCCAGGGGAGACGUUCACCAUUAGAGCGGAGGACGGCUCGCUGCAAUGCAUCCAGGGUCCUGCUGAGGUCCCGAUGAUGUCUCCUAAUGGAUCAAUCCCUCCCAUUCACGUUCCCCCUGGAUACAUCUCCCAGGUGUUAGAAGACAACACAGGAGUGCGUCGUGUGGUCGUCACUCCCCAGUCACCAGAAUGUUACCCCCCCUCGUACUCCCCUGCUCUCUCCCCCUCGCACCACCUCCCCCCCUACCUCACCCAUCCCCACUACAUCCACAACUCUCACUCCUUCUACCCGCCGGUGAGUCCCGGGGACCUGGCCUCCCACCAGUACUUCCAACACCAUCUCCCACCCAUGUAUGGAGAAGAGAUCAUCCCAGUCUACGGCAUGUCUAGCUACAUAGGUAGAGAGGAGAACUACAACAAGCCUCAGCCUAAGAAGAUAAAGGAGCAGAGGCAGCUGGAGAGACAGAACAGGCUCAACUCUCCUCCCUCCUCCCUGUACAAGACUCUGGCUCCCACCCACAAUGGGUACAGUGGAAAGAGCCACGUUGCUACGCCGGGGUCAUUGGGGUCAAUGGGUGGAGCUAACAGUCCGGGAGGGAAGAAGCCAGAACGAAGGCAACAACUACGGAGCAGCCCCAGGAGUACCGAGCCAGACACACACACACACUCACCUCAAGAUCACGACUCAGAGACAAAGAGGGUUCAGGACGUGCUCUACACUAUUGAAAAACCACAGGUGUCCAACGUGCAUGCGCGGGGGGCAAAGUUGUCUUGGGCACCCCCAGUUGGGUUGGUGAGCCGGUUCAAUAACAGCCAGACUUACGAGGUCUCUCUGUCUGAGAAGGGACGGGAUGGGAAACCCAGACUUAUAUACAGUGGAGAGGAGUUGGAGUGUCAUCUAAAAGACUUGAAGCCAGCUUUAGACUACCAAGUACGAGUCAGUGCAGUGUGUAACUCUAACUUGAGGGUUGUGUGUUCGGAGCCCGAGCUGUUUACAACACACAGCUGCCCCCCCGACCAGCCCGUAGCCCCCAAAUUGACUCAUCGCGCGAAGAGCACCCUGACACUGCAGUGGAAGCCCCCCAAUGAAAACGGAUCCAAAAUCACAAACUACUACCUGGAGUGGGAUGAGGGAAAGAAGAACGGUGUUUUUAGAGAAUGUUACAUUGGGAGCCAGAGACACUGUAAGGUGACCAGACUGUGUCCUGCCAUGGGCUACACGUUCAGAGUCGCCGCGCGCAACGACAUAGGCAAAAGUGCCUUCAGCCCAGAGGUGCUGGUCCACACGACGGGUACGCUGCCCUCCUGCCCCCUGGCACCACGACUGCUGCGCGCUGGCGUCUCCUGGGUCACCCUGGAGUGGGGCAGACCCGAGGGCAGCACCAAUGAGGAAGUGCUCACAUACACACUGGAGAUACUGGAGGACAACACCGGAACUGACUUUCAUCCAAAGUACACUGGAGAUAACCUGACCUGCACAGUACAGGGCCUGAAGAGGAGCACGCAGUACAAAUUCAGGCUGAUAGCAUCUAAUAUGGAGGGUUCCAGUAAUCCCAGUGAAGUAUUGGUAUGCACUACCAGUCCUGACAAACCUGGACCCCCGUCUUCCCCCCGAGUCGUUGCCGCUACACCUUAUGGCUUUACCAUCACCUGGGAUCCUCCCCAGGAUAAUGGAGGUUCAGAUGUCCUCACGUAUCUGCUGGAAAUAUCAGAAGGCAGCUCAGAUGCUGGCCAGUGGGAGGUAGCGUACAGCGGGCCAGCCACGGAGUGUGUGUGUGAGCGUCUGACCCCCGGCACGGCCUACCACAUGAGGCUGUGUAGCAUUAGCACCGGAGGACACAGCCAGUGUUCCGUCAGUGUUCCGGUUCGUACGCCGAGCGUCGCCCCUGGGCCCUGCCGACCACCACGGAUCCUGGGUAAAGCCAAACACAAGGAGGUUCAGUUAGAAUGGGAUGCCCCGACGUCAGAGGGAGUGUGUGAGGAGUGUGUGUUCAGCCUGGAAAUGACAUCAUCAGAGGGCAACGCUGAGCCCGCGGAAGUGUACAAUGGGAAGGAGCUGCAGUGCAGCGUGGGAUGUCUUCUGCCAGGGGCAACCUACAUCUUCAGACUGAGGGCUGCCAAUGAGGCUGGGUUCGGUGAGUACUCUGAACCGGUGGAGGUGACGACAGCAGCGGGUCCUCCAGGCCAGUGUGUGGCGCCACUCAUCACUCUGACCAACACCACGUGUCUCACAGUUAGCUGGGAGAGUCCAGAGGGAUCGGGUUCUGAUAUCUCAGAGUACCGUCUGGAGUGGUCCAGGGAGGAGGAGCCAAUGGAGCUUAUCUACUGUGGACCAGAGACACAGUGUGAACUGUCAGACCUGACCCCUGCCACACACUACUGCUGUAGGCUGCAGGCGGUGAAUCAAGCAGGGGUGGGGCCUUACAGUGAACAGGUGAGCUUCCAGACUCCAGCAACCAUUCCCGACGCGGUUUCCGUUUUCUUCCUGGUUGACCAGCUCCAAUCAGAUCAGUCCCCCUCCACCUGCCUCUUCCUGAAGUGGGAGGAGCCUAAUUGUAAUGGGGCAGAUAUAACGUCUUACAUCAUCAGUCUGGACGAUCAACUCAUCACUGUGGAAACAGGAACCACUCACCUAAUCACCGACCUGCAGCCAGACAGCCAAUACAGGGUGCAAAUACAGGCAGUGAAUGUGAUUGGCUGUGGCCCGUUGAGCCCGCCCCUGGUGGCUAGAACACGCCCCCUCCCUCCAGCUCCUCCCCCUUUGGAGUGUUCAGCCGCCGGCCCCCAGAGCCUGAAACUGAAGUGGGGGGAGAACGUUGCACACACACACACCCGCUCUCUGCUCUCCGACGACAUGACCUACACACUACAGAUGGAGGAUAAAAACCACAGGUUUGUGACCAUCUACCGAGGUCCCAGUCACACUUACAAGGUUCAGCGCCUGACAGAAUCCAGUAGUUAUCGCUUCAGGAUCCAGGCCUGCAAUGAGUCAGGGGAUGGACCCUUCUCAGACACACAGAACUUCUCCACCACGAAGUCUGUACCUCCUGCAUUAAAAGCUCCCAGAGUCCACCAGCUGGAAGGGAAUGUGUGUGAGGUCACCUGGGAGACCAUUCCACCCAUGAGAGGUGACCGCGUCAACUACAUCCUUCAGGUGCUGGUUGGACGAGAGUCAGAGUACAAACAGGUGUUUAAAGGAGAAGAGGGUGCCUUCCAAAUCACCGGUCUCCAAGGCAACACAGACUACCGUUUCCGUGUGUGCGCCUGCCGCCGUUGCCAGGAUACCAACCAGGAACUCUGUGGCCCUCUAAGCCCCUCCUCCCUGUUCACCCUGCGUCGCCAGGAGCAACAGUCGCUGGGAGAGAUGAGCACGGUGGAGACUGGGAAAGGGGCGGGGCUAAUAUCGAGCGACGAGCGCUUUGCGGCGGUCAUCGUGUGUGUGUUCGCCGGUCUCUCCAUCCUCAUGGCCUGUCUGCUACAAUACUUUGUCAUGAAGUGAGGGGAUGUAUCGGCAAUGGGGUUUUAAGAGAAAAGAACAGAAAGGAAGAAAGCUUCUACGCAGGAAAGGAAAGAAAAUAAAACACUUGAGAAUCAACUACAGGAUAGAAAGAGAAAUAAACCAGAGAGAAAGAAAGAAAAACGUCUAUGCAAAAAAAGACGUGAAACAAAACAAAGACUUGAGCUGUACUACAGUUUAUCGGACUGUGUUGUAGUCCACGUAUCUCUUCGCUCUUUCCUCUUCUCUCUCUCUCUCUCUCUCUCUCUUUCACACUCUCCUAAUCUGUCUCAUGUUGUUCAUAGAUUGGUCUCUCUAUUUCAUUUAAAGGAUGUAUUUGGAGGGAAGCUGUUCGUAGCCAAAACCUUGUUGGACAACAAACAAACAGACUGUUAACCAAGCCAGACUGUUAACCAUUAGCCAGCCACGAGCCUAGCAGAGCUCUUCUCAACCUGCAUGACUUUAUUUUGUAUCUUUUUGAACCUACAGUAUGUAUUACGGUUAGACAAAGUGUAUUUUCCUUACUUUUCUUUACAGUCAAUUCCUUAUUUUUUUUUGUGUCAGUGUCAUAUUUGCAUUGCUCGCUUUUGUAGUUUUUUACUGUUGCGCCAUUUUGAAAUGUAGCUCCAAAGCUUCAGCCAUGUAUCCAUAAAUAUCUGUUUCAUUGUCUAUUAUCGGUCAAAUAAUGCAAUCUUUACACACAGAAACACAAAAAAGAAACACAUAGAAACACACACACACACACAGCAAGACAAAUACAGACACACACACACUCACUCAGAUGCCUUCUUUUCUGUCUCCUUUAUUCAGCUACCAAAGCGAUGCCAUGGCUAAAAAAUGCUGCUAUCCUGUUUCGUUGUAUCUAAGAAAGAAUGGAACUAGUUACCUAAUAUAUACAAUCUAUAUCAAAUAUAUCUAUGAUAGAUCUACCUAUCUAUCUCUGUAGGGGCGAUGCUAUGAUGUAAUUGGCCGAGUGUAGAGGUCUGGUGGACAGAGACAAAGACGGGGAGGGAUCCAGGCAGAUGUUGCCCUUUAACCACGGAUUUAGGAAGGGAUGUCAACCCAGUUUGUCAGACCACCAGACACCGGUCAUGUCUAGCCAAUCAGUGACACCGGUUAAUCAAUUUAGUGUCAGGUAAAACCUUUUCUAAUUUUUGUUAUCUAUCAAAAAACUUUGACCUGUGAGAACUGGACAUGACACCCCCGGUCUCAGGCUAACCUGGCUGAUUGGGAGUGGUAUAAGUGAAAAACAAUAUGUAUUUUAGGUGCUUAUCUGCAGAUCUGAGGUCGGUUCAGUUGACAGCCACCGUUUUAGAAUGUGGAGGUUACUGUAGUUACCAUUUAACCCCGCUCCCCUUUGUUCACAAAUUUUCCUUGUGACAAACUCAGCCCCAGUCUGCCCUCGUAACACUUCAUGCUCUUCUUUCUAUUUGCCUUAACCUUUUUUUCCUGUCCCUAUGUCAUUCCUAGCCUGCCUCUUUCCUUUCCUCCUUCCCUGUACCUCUUUCUCCCCUUAAUGCAGAAGUCCUCCCUAGGUGCCUCUUGGUCCUGAUAAUGCUGAAGUCCUCCCUCUGUCCCUCUAAGCUGCGCCUCCUCUGUCUCAUUAGUCAGCAGAUCCUUUAACUGCUCCAACACUUUUGCCAAAGUCGAUGGGAAAGUUACGCUAUAAUUUCUCUAUAGGUUCUAUAAGUUUAUUUAAGUAUAAUAUUUGCAUACAGUACUUUACAAGCCAAUUACAGUGCAAUCUUUUCAGUUAUUUAUUGUUUUAAAGAAUAAGAAUUUAGAGACAAAUGUAAGUGUAGGUAUAAAUGUACUAAUUUGUUUUCUUCUCGUAGCAUGUUAUAUUGUCAUUAUUAUUCUGUUUUUGUUAUUAUUGGAUGUUAUUUUAGAUGUUUGAUUUAAGGCCAGCAUUUCGUACUCUCAGUAACCCUUUGCAUUUCUCUUUUUUUUCUCUUUCAAUUUUUGGGAAAACAUGUAGUUUUUUUAUUUUAUUCUGUCUGUCAAUUUUUACGUUAACCAAAUGCCUUGUCAUCUCCCUCGCACAGAAUUGGCUGUUAUCCAUAACCACACAUCAUCAUCAAAUCAUAACAAUGACAAUUGAUCUGUAUUUGUUAUGGAGUUGAUGACUCUGGCUAUGAUCGCCUUGUGGGCUUUUCUAUAUGCAUUGAGAGAUGUAGCAAAUCUUUAGCCAGGCCUUAUUGGGAAGGAUAUUAGACAGCUGGAGCAAGCACACAAAGUUUCUUCAGAAACCUUGGCCUUUCCAGGUUAUUUGAAUGUCUGCGUUGGGACUGGAGUAGAGACUUCCACCUGGGAGGGGCCCCUGAUGGUUAUGAAGGUACUCUUUAUAGUUACUGUAACCAGUGCUUGACAUGGAAGACAACCACUGUUAUUCUACCUUACCAGCCUGUAUUCUACAAGAGUGGCCAUUAUUCAAACAGGACAACGUAGCUCCCGUACUGGUCUGCGCCGUCCCACUUCGACCACGAACAGAAACAACACCUUCUGUAUACUGUAUAUCUAUGUUUCAGCUUAGGGGAGUAGUGGGAGGUCAUUUGAUGACCUACGCUACUGGAACUUGAAGACGGGACUUGAAGACCUGGGUUAGCUCCACGGGGAUAAUGCCCUCGGCUUUAGUUCCGGGGCAGAACCCACUUUGGGACGAUGUAAAGUGCUUCCUCGGCCUGAAGCUGCAUUGUUCCCCAGGGAGUCUGAAGAGUAGUUGCCUUACUUCUGCCUUGCUGGCCUUGCCUAGUGUUGUAGCUUAACAUCCGUCUGAUGACCUGGUUUUUUUUUCUGCCAAAGUUGAGGCUUGCGUCACCGCAUUUUACUAUGUUUGUGUGUGUAUGUGCCAAACACACACACACACACGACUUUUCUGUUAUUUUCAUACUAAAGGGUUCCGUGGCGUUCCCUCUGUGACGACACAUCAUUAUUAGUGAUAUUAUAUUAGUAUUAUUGCCUCAAAAAGGAAAAACAUAACUUGAUCUGUGAUUUACGCUUUUUUCAUAUUAUCUUUUGUUAUUUUCUUUUGUUUUUGUAAAGCGAAAUGCAUUAAUUGUGCCACUGUUAAAUGUGUAGCCCCUUUACAGAGUUUUAAACACGCUGAUUUCACACUGAAAAGGUAAAAAGAUUAAAACAAUCAAGCCACGAUUUCAGAUCGAUGAGAAUGACGACGACGAUGAUGAUGAUGAUAAUAAUAAUGAUGAUGAUGAUUACUGAUGAUCCUAAUGAGAGUGAUGAUGACGAUGACUACUUUUCCAAGCUUGUCGUUUUAGAGCGUUGAUUUGUAUCCAGUAUUUUCCUAAGAAACGAUAAUUCAGUGCAGAGAUAUUAUACAUAUAGAGAUAGAGUACUGAGGGUUAAAUUGAGGCAAGGACAACUAACAGAGAUUAUAUGAAGCACUUUUGAAGCCGAGCGGUGGACACUUAGCCCAUCACCUUGUCCUGAGAACCAGAAUUCUUUUUUUAUCCGACAUCUUGUUUUGAUUCCAGGCCAGCUGCUGACCGGGCAGUCGGUUACAUUGGCAUUACGUUGUCGCUUGGCAUUUUGACAGUCGUUUGGCAUCGUUGCGUCAUUUGGUGUGACCAAGCCAUAGGUGUGUUGCUAUGUCAUCUGGCGUGACUUGUUCAUGUUAUGCGUCUGUCCUGUCGACCCCCGUCUCAGCAUGAAGACUGUUGAUAUGUCCUUUACUGCCUGGCACUGUGGAAAUCCUCCCCAAACUUUUUACUGCCAGGCCAUUCCUGAUGCCUACAGCGUUGACAGAGUUUUUCCUGGCCAUGUGACUGGACCAGAGUCAGGAAACACUCCAGUCCCUACUCCCUAGCAACGCUGAAUAUUAUAGGCUGAGUUUAGGAUCAUGUUACGCCAGGUUAAGCCAAUUCUACUUCGAGUAAUAUACCCAAUGUUGAUCCACUGUUCCCUUUAGGUUUUUGAUCAUUUUCUUUCAAGCUUUUGGCCAGUGUUUUUACAUUUCUUGCCCCAGUGGCUAUUUGUAUAUGUGGGCAACAAGCCCACUGGUCCUGCUCUUCUAGUGGGUCCUGAACACAACACAUAAAUCUGCCCGACCCAACGUCUGUGCCUUCUGAUUGGUUUUUUUUUAGUCUUUUUUUUUUUACUUUUUUUUUUUUU